AUGAGUCCAGGCCUCCUCCACAGUAACACCAAAGUGAUGAAUUCUAGCAGUCCCCCUGCUACUCUUAGGAGUGCAGGAGUUCCCAUUCAGAGCUCUGUGGGGUCCAUUACUGACUGCAUCCAGCCAGCCCAGCAGCCAGCUCGCUGGCCAGAUGAUAUGGUGUCAGGAGACCUUCAGAGACUGCCACAAGGCAGAAGCCAACUGCGGCCAUUCUCCCAGACCACUUGUGCGGACCAGAGACCAUCGAGGAAGUUUCAAGUGAUCAUCUGUGUGCUGCUUGUGGAGCUGUGUGAAAGAUUCACUUUCUUUGGGAUUGUUUGUAACAUGAUUCUUUUCUGCACUGUGAAGCUGGGCUAUGAUAACUACCUGGCCGCCACAGUCAACCUGUGCUUUAUAGGCACCAGCACCUUGACCCCUGUUCUGGUUGGGUGGUUUGCUGAAACUUGCUUAGGAAGGACAAAGGUGCUCUAUUUGUGUUCUUUCCUUCAUUUCCUUGGCACAGCCAUGCUGCCUGUUGUGGCCUUCCCAUUUAAAGAUUUCUACAUUGACACUCAUCACAUAACCCACCAGCUGGAACCUCGGGAGCAACAGAUCUUGUUCUAUACUGGCCUCCUGGCUGCUGCACUGGGUAUCGGAGGGAUCCGGGCCAUCCUCUGUCCCAUGGGAGCCUACAGCCUGCAAGGCUACAACCAGCACCAGCUCCUCUCUUUCUUCAGCUGGUUUUACUGGCUGGUGAACCUGAAUUCCACUGUUGUGUUUCUGGGUAUUGCUUACAUCCAGCAGUCUGUGGCUGAAAACCUGGGCUUCCUUAUCCCCUUCACCUCUGUGCUUCUGACUCUUAUCGCCAUACACAUGAUGCGCAACAAACUCACCUACAAACCCAAGAAAGGUAACAAAAAGAGACACAAACAGGUAUUCAGACUCUCUCUUGUUUGCACAUAAACUAGGAGAUCACAUCAGAUUAAGCCAGCCAUGUUCCUCCAUGUUUCCAUCAUAGGUGAUUCCUUACGGACCACACUGGGAGUCUUCCUGAACUCUUUCAAAAUGUGCUGCCUCCACUCUCGCCAUCUGAGUGGAGAUGUAGCAUCUUGGCUGGACCGGGCCAAGGAGAACAAUGGAGGCCGUUACAGCGAGACACAUGUAGAGAACGUCAAAGUCCUGGCCAAGCUCUUCCCUCUAUACGGGCUUCAGCUGCUGUACAGAGCCUGCAUCACACAGAUUCCCUCGGGUUACUACAUACAGACCAUGAACUCAAACCUUCACCUGAACAACCUCUUGUUGCCCAUCGGUACAAUGAAUGUGAUCAGCAUCUUGCCUCUGCUGCUUUUAGCUCCGCUGAUUGAGUGUGUGACAACUUGCUACCUCUCCAUGGAAAAAACACCUCUAGCACCUGCAAAAGUCAUCAGUAAGUAUUUCCACACAUGCACACUCCCCCGAUGCACACGUCAUUUUUGUCUCUCUUGCUCUUCAACAGUGCCUCUCUCCUCCUCCCUCUUUUCUCCUGUAAUCAUAACCCCCACUCUGCAGCCCCCUCUCUCAUCACCCCACCCUGUCCAUCCUCCCCUUCCAGCUCUAGGCCAUGCAUGUGCUACUCUGUCAGUCCUGGUGGCAGGUUUGUCUGAGCUGCAGAGGAAGGCUUACCCUCUGGUGCAGCAGACUCUGUCUGGGACAGUUCUGCAAGUGUCGUCCAUGCCAUGUUUCCAGCUGGCACCUCAGUACAUCCUGCUUGGUCUUGCUGAGACUCUUGUCACCCCUGCAUGCUCCCUCAUAUCUUUUCAGCUGACCCCUAGCCACAUCAGAGGGAUCUCACUGCACUUCCUCACCUUGUCCUAUGGAGGCGGCUGCUUUCUCGGAGCCUUCAUCAUUCAGCUGGCAUACUUUAUCUCUGGAGGUAACUUCUACCCAAACACACUGCAUGAUGGGAAUCUGGAGAGGUUCUUCUUCCUCCUGGCCGCACUGAUGAUGAUCAAUACCCUGGUGUUUUGGAGUGCGUCUCACAGGUACAGUACUAUCUCUAACUGCCUGGUCUAGGUGGAAAAACAUUACACUUAGACUUAUCAUUUUGCAUAAUGA